GCCACAUUUAGAUACUGAAACAUUGAAGCACUGAAAUGUUAAAGUUUGGGACUUAACCUGGCAUCAAGACACUGAUCUGUCAGUGCUAUCUGCGCAGGGGCCGCACUGAGUCCAGUGACUCAGUCCAGUCUUGCUGGGUGUCUCCAGUGUAACACCAUGGAAUUGCUUCUUGGUCCCUGUCCUAGGUCAGAGCGAAUGCAGGAUCUUAGACCCCACUGAUUUCUCAGGGCCAAAGACAAGGGGACAAAGGGGGAGCUCUUCAUUAUAUCUCUUCUGUUACUUCCUCUGGUAUCACUGCAGAAUAAUCGUAACAAACUGGAAUCCUCUUCUACUCAUCACUACCAGCAUUGGGAUGAAGAAUUGUCUCAGCUUUACAUGUGUGAGCAAUGCCCCCCUGGUACCUACAGGAAGACUCAUUGCAAUACAUCAAAGAGGACUGAAUGUGCACCUUGUCCUGAUUCACACUAUACAGCUUACUGGAACUCUCUUGAUGAAUGUCAAUAUUGCAAUGUGUUUUGCAAAGAGUAUCAGUACGUUAAACAUGAAUGCAACAGCACCCACAACCGUGUUUGUGAAUGUGUUGAAGGCCGUUAUUUUGAAUUUGAAUUUUGCUUAAAGCAUUCUGAAUGUCCACCAGGCUUUGGUGUAAAAAAGCUUGGAACACCUUAUAUCAAUACAGAGUGUAUGCAGUGUCCGAAGGGAUUCUUCUCCACGAACAAGUCUGCCAUACAACCCUGUCAAAAACACACCAACUGCUCGCUGUUCGGCUUGAAACAAGUUCUUCAAGGGGAUGCAUUUCAGGAUAAUGUGUGUCUGCCAUGUGAGAAGAGAGAUGCAUCAUCUUUAGAGUGCUUGGACCCACCAAUAGAGAAAGAUAUUGCCCUGUGUGAUGAAGCCAUCUUUAAAUUUAUCGCUCGUCAGAAACUGACUUCUAAACAGCUGAGAGUGCUGUUGGAGAGCUUACCUGGAAAGGGAGGAGGCACACAACACUCACAGUGGGUGCGGAGAACAAAGGAAGGCCAAAUUCAAAUGUUUAUUCAGCUGAAACAAUGGAAAAUUGAAAAUCCCAACAUAGACACUGUUAAAGCACUAAUGUGUGCCCUGAGAAAAGCCAAUGCUCCCAAUGUUUACAAAAAGCUGUUGCGCAAGUUUCGAAUAAACAAAGGUGAUAGGACUGCACUGGUCUGGCAGGAAAAGCAAUAGGUUAUGAUAGCUUGGUAUGGAUGCUUAUUUGCCAUCAGUGACAUUCGACAGCAGUUAAACUGUUGCGAAAAAUGUACUGCAUGUGGAAAGUACAUCAGGAUUUAAUUAAGGCUCGGGUUAACCAAAAACAAGCAGCAAACACAACAUACAUUAAAAAUUCAAAAUGUUUCUUGUGUUAUUUACAUAAAAUUGAGAAUUUGAUAAAUGCUGUAACUUGGUGGAUUGCAAAAAGUGUAAUAUAGAUCAUUACAUUAUUUUAAUCAAUAUUGCCUCACAUCAAAGCAAAAGAACUAAGUGCAUCAUCAAACCUUCACAAAAAGAUUUAGCAAAUUCAAACAAAUUCUUUGAUUUUUCAUGAUUCAAACUAUAGUGAAUCCUUGAUGAUCUUACUUGUCAGGCUAGUUCAGCUUUAUGUAAUGAAAAACAAAUAAUGA